AUGAAAGCAGCUUACGAACUAGUGAACAAAAUUACCAAGAAAUCACAGGAAAGACAGAAAGAGAUUUAUGAUAGAAGAACAACAAAUGCAGAAAUACAGUUAGGAGACAGAGUACUUGUAAAAAUUGUAGCUUUUGAUGGAAAGCACAAAAUUGCUGAUAAGUGGGAAGAAGAACCGUACUUAGUAAUUGAACAUCCUAAUCCAGAAAUCCCAGUUUAUAAAGUACAGAAAGAAACAACAAAAGGAAAAACUCGGACUUUACAUAGAAACCUUUUACUCCCUAUUGGACAUCUAGAUUCAUAUAAAACCAGUGUAGACGAAACAUCACCAUCAACUUCCAGACCUACUCCAAAACCCAGGACAAGGCAGACACUGAAGAAGAAACAAGGACAGGUUCAAGAGAAAAUACCAGAGAUUAGAGAAUCAGAGAAUGACAAAGUUAGUUCAGAUGAAGAGACAGAAGAGUCAGAUACAGAAUUCAUUCCGGUACCGGUAUCAAGGAUCCCUGUGGUUAACAUCCCAGUAGAUGUUAGUAAGCACCCAGGUGAGCCAAGAGUACAGAGAUCAGAAGAGCAGAGAGUACAGAGAUCAGAAGAGCAGAGAGUACAGAGCCCUAGAGAGCAGAGAGUACUGAGCCCUAAAGAGCAGAUUGUACAUAGCCCUAGGGAGCAGCCUGUACAAAGACCCAUACAACAGAUGGAUCAUAUAGAAGAGAGUCAGGAAAGAGAACAAGAAAUACAGCAUCAUGAUGCAGAGGAGGAAGUAACAGAACAACGGCCAGUAGAGACAGAGCAACAGCAGGAACAUGCUGAAGCCAGUAGUACCAGAUCUGAAGAAGAAGAACCUCUACCAGUUAUACCAAGGAGAAGCAAUAGGGAGAGAAGAAAACCAGACAGAUUAACCCCCCAGGAAUUUGUUUUAGUACAACAACAGCAGCAACAAGAAUGGAUGAAGAAGUGUGACUAUCUACAUCAUCAUCCAGUUAACUUAAAGAAUCGCAGAGUAUAUUUAGUAAGUCCAUUAGAGAAAUGA